UUUGACAAUUACGUGAAAAUUGGACUAUAGGUUAGAAUUAGGAUAUAGGAAAAGAGAUAAAAUUAAUAAAAAUAAUUAUAUGGUGCCGUUUUUCAACAAGAUUCUAAUAAGUUUCGGAUAUAAGGGUGCUUCUUAGCAAGAAAUGUAAUUUUGGAUCCGACCGAAAACUAUACUCUCAGUAUGCCGACCUUCCUGACACAAGGCAGGCAUGGCUACAGUGUGCGGUUCUCUCGUAGACGGCCUGACUCAAUAGCGGUAGCUACCAGCCAGUACUAUGGUUUGGCUGGUGGUGGAACAUUGUUCUUCCUUGAAUUGGCACCGGAUGGUAACACUCUGUUAGAAGUACAGAAAUUGGAGUGGAGCGAUGGACUGUUUGAUGUGGCAUGGUCAGGUAAUAGUGACGGUGUGGCGGCGUGUGGUGCUGGCGACGGUACCGUGGUGAUCUGGCGCACCGGAUGCGCGGCCGCACUCCGCGUGCUGAAGGGUCACCGCAGCGAAGUCUGCUCUGUUGAUUGGCCCCGCUCCCAUAUCCUGAGUGGUAGCUGGGAUACUACUGUUAAACUGUGGGAUCCGGAGACGGAAGCAUGUAUCAGCACGUUCGCGGGUCACUCUCAGCUGGUGUACACUGCGGCGUCAUCCCCGCACUCAGUGGCAACUUUCGCUUCUGUAUCGGGCGACGGACAUCUCAAGAUCUGGACGUGCCUGGAGCCUGUGAGACCUGCAGCUGUUGUGAAGGCUCAUGAUGCUGAGGUGCUGUCGUGCGACUGGAGCCGCACGGAGAGCCACGCGCUGGUGACGGCGGGCUCGGACGGGCUGGUGCGCGGCUGGGACCUGAGACGACUUACCUCACCCAUGUUCACUCUCAAAGGUUGUGAGUGCGCAGUGCGCAGAGUGCAGUUCUCUCCGCACACACCGUCGGUGAUCGCGGCCGUGUCAUACGACUUUACUACAAGGAUAUGGGACUUGAAGCGCGGCUGCGAGCCGCUGGAGACGAUCCGGCACCACUCGGAGUUCACGUACGGCCUGGACUGGAACUCGCUGCGGCCGCACCAGCUCGCUGACUGCGGCUGGGACUCGCUCGUGCACGUCUUCACGCCGCGCUCGCUGCCCGCGCUCUGAGCUCUGAGCUCGGGGCCUCUAGUCAGUACACGCUCCGUUUAUUCUCUGCGAAAUCGGUUAGUGUUUAUAGAAGGCUGUGCAGCUCAUUGAGUGCCAAAUGAGACGAAUUAUUGGGAAUAGUGACGCUUAUCGCCUUCACAUAGAGGUCAGUAUCGCGCGCGGUACUAAACAGGGAUUACUACGACUCGCUAUUUUAAAUGUAUAAACUUGUAUCGUAUAUUGGAACUUUUAGUAUGUCUUGUAAAUAUCAUUUAUGUAAAUUAGGAACAAAAAGACUAAAUUAUCGCAAGACUGUUGUGAUUGUGGAUUUGGCAGCCAAUUUAACUGUUUGCAACUAUCGAGUAGUGCGCCACCAUAGAAGCUCAGAAUCAAAGCGAGACUAAACAGUCUUGCGAUAGUUUAGUCAAUGUGCGUUUUAAAUGUCCCAUUUUAAUUGUCAAUGACUCCUAUGUAGACUAUCGUAAGUUACAAUUUUGCGAUUUACUUUUUUUUUUAUUUCUAAUGCUAAAUUCUGUGUAAAUUUAAAUGUAACGUAAUUAUUAAUUACCUAUCGUAUAUUAUGUUGCAUUGCAUCGUAUUAAAAUGUCCUCUUGCUUUUGCGUUUCACAUAAAAAUUAAAGCCAUCGAAGUAUUAUAGUUUGUCUAAAUAAGAUAGAUUAGUUUGACAAUUCAUUUUAAAUUUAGUAGGGACGGGUUAUGUAAAAUCAGUUAUGAAACUUAUCGAUUAGCGAUUUUUAUUCUUAUAGAAGUUGGAUUCGAUAGAUUAAUAGCUUAUAACUUAUGAAUUAAAAAAAAAAACAGU